CUAGCUGCGCGUGACGGCACGGUGUAAGUAGCACGACUCUGCCAUGGCGGCGGACAUCGUUGACUCGGACAUCUACAAUAAAUUCGUGCUGCUCCCCGAAAACAUUCGCCGAGACGUGCUCCAGUGGUUCAAAAGCAGCAAAGAAGUCAACAUUUUCAUCACUGGGAAGACUGGGGUCGGCAAGUCGACUCUAGUGAACGGGCUCGUGGGAGACAAAUUGGCUAAAGAGGGCGACACUCUAGACCCAGAAACCGCCGAAGUUACAAGUUACGAAAAGAAAUUCGAGUGGCAAGAAAAUGAUUCCGUUACGGUGAAGGUGUGGGACUCGCCUGGACUGCAAGACGGCACCUCUAACGAGGCCCAGUAUCUGGCAGACAUGAAGGAGAAAUGUUCUGACAUGGACAUCUGGAUCUACUGUGUUAGCUUGAUGGAGACACGUUUCGAGGAAGACGAUGAAGACGUCACCGCCAUGAAGAAACUCACCGAAAUCUUUGGGAAGAGGAUGUGGGAGAAUUCUCUUUUCAUUCUCACUUUCGCAAAUCUAGCCCAAGAUAUGGACACAGAGAUACUCGAGGCAGAGGAUGGACAGAAACCCGAACUGUUCAAAGCCAUGAUACAGGCGUGGAAGGAGAGCGUAGUUUCUACCCUCGUCACUCACGUUGGUGUCGAUGAAGCCAUCGCCAACCGUAUCGAAAUUGUGCCAGCAGGGUACUCAAUCGAGCCCGCUCUCCUCGAUCGAGACCAUUGGCUCAGCCCUGUUUGGUUCGCUGCCCUCUACACCAUGAACCCGAGAGCCCAGCCUGCCAUGAUGAAACUCAACUUUGGCCGAAUCGUUGAGAAACCAGAGGAGAUUCGUGACGAAGACCUCCAGAAAUUCAUCCACGAGCAGCCACUGAUAUUCUCCCAGCGUGGAGCGGCAGUCGGUGAGAAGUAUGGGGAGAGUGAAGUUGGGAAGGCCGUUGGGUGCAGGAUGGGGAAAGGUGCCUCAGUUGAGAUAAAGCUGGUUCUUGAGCUACACGCUGUAGCUGUGGAGAUUGCUAAACGGCUACAGAAGGCAUUCAUGGAGUAUAUCGAAGGAACUAAUGAAGCUAAGAAGGGAGAGUGA